AUGGUGUUCAAAUUCACAAUCGACACUGUGCUUGAUCAAUAUAUACCCCGCAACCAAACCCCCAAACUACCUCGCUUUCUCGCCCAUUUCUUGGGCCAUCACAAACAUCCACACCAAGCAGCUCCCGAUUACUUCAUAUGGCUCGAAAUUUUCAUUGCUACAUUUUCCGGGUUAUCCCUUAUAAUGGGUAUAUUUAUGCAUCACAAUGUCUUUACUGAUCAUCAUCAUGCACCAAUAAUUUUGGCAUCAUAUGGAGCUACUGCUAUAUUAUGUUUUAAUGCAUCUCAAGUUCCCUUGGCUCAGCCACGUAAUAUCUUCUUUGGACAUUUUAUAAGUUCAGUAAUUGGAAUGAGUAUACAAAAAUUGUUUAGUUUGAGUCAUGGCGGUAGACUGAAUUAUUGGGCAAGUGGCGCAUUGAGUGUUGCUAUAAGUUCAGUAGUUAUGGCAAUUACCAAUACGAUUCAUCCGCCCGCCGGGGCUAGUGCGUUAUUGCCUAGCAUUGAUGAACAAGUUAGGCAAAUGAGUUGGUGGUUUUUGCCGGUACAGUUAAUUAGUUCAGUUUUGAUUAUUGCUGUUGCCUUGAUUACGGGGAAUAUCGUUCGGACAUACCCCGUGUAUUGGUGGAGUCCAGGUGCUGGGAAAAUUGUACAACAAAAGCAACAACUGACGGAAUCGCCUAAAAACGAGAAGGGACAUCAAUCUCCAUUAGUUAAAGAUGAUAAAGAAAGUGUCGUUAAAGAUACACAUAGCUUAAGCAAAGUUCAACUGAGAUUCACGUUAACUGGCGCAGGAAUAGAUGAAGUUGCCGAUGCCAAAAAUAUAACCAUUACUUCUUCAUCCAUAGCGGUGCCAGAAAAUCUUGAUUUAGGUGAAAUUGAAGUCGAUUUACUUAAAUCAUUGCAACAGAAAUUAAUGGAUCUUGAAGCUCAAUCAAGUUCAACUUCAACCACAACCAAUAUUCAUUCAAAACCAGACAAUAUCGUAUGA